CUACAUAGCAAGCAAACACGAGUCGCGAUAACUGACUUUGUAUACUUAACCAUGAUUCUCUCUCCCUUCAUAGCAACCGUCCUCUUGUUUCCCUUUACUCUCGCAGCUCAAAGACAAAUAGCAAAAUAUCACCACCUCCCACCCCUUCGAGAACAAGCUGCCAUCCAAGAUGCCUGGACCGCAGAGCGGAUAUCAAAUAUCCCCAAUAUAUUAAAGAAAUACAAUGCUGAUGCUUGGCUAGUAAAUUUCCCUUGAAAUUGAGAGCCUCAUAAUUUUCCGUCGCUCAUAAUUCGUAGAUGACGCAAAAAGAAUACGCCGAAGAUACAGUCUUCUGGUCACUCAAAUCGGCCACCCAGUUCUUCGCCCGUCGCAGAACAGUAGAUCUCUUCAUCGCUAACGCCAGUCCUGGAACCAAAUCUUCUUAUAAUUGGAUAGAUAAUACUAAUGAAGUCUGGACUGAACUCUUGGAUAUUCUUGAAUCGCAAAAUAUAUCGAGGAUUGCGAUUAACGCCGAUGAGGGAAGUGCUUUUAGUAGUGGUCUCCAUGUUGGAGAGCUUGAGAUGUUGAAGGAGAAGUUGGGAAAGGGAUGGGUGGAGAAGUUUGUGGUUGAGAGGAUGGUUGCGGUGGAGUUUGUUGCUACGAUGGUGGAGGGACGGUUGGGGUGGUAUAGAAAGUUGCAGGAGACGGCUUGGGCGAUGAUUACGGAGGGAUUUUCGUCUUCUGUUAUUGAGCCUGGAAAGACAACUACUGCAGUAUGUCGUGCAUGCAUAAUUUCUUACCCUUUUCCUGCGUUUUCUUCUUUUGGUUGUGACAUGCUGAUUCAAAGCAGGAUGUUGAGUGGUGGUUACGAGAAAAGAUCUUGCAUAUGAACUACACCACAUGGUUUCAGCCGACUGUAAGUGUAUUAGGAGAGAAGUCUCCUUUGGAAAUCGCAUCUACUGGACCUCCUGGGAUCGAAUUUGGUGAUCUCCUACAUGUCGACUUUGGUGUCACAGCUCUGGGCAUGAAUACCGACACUCAACAUCUAGCUUACGUUCUUGGACCGGGAGAAACCGAAGAAGAUAUUCUAACUGGAUACUUGGACGGCUUGAAAAAAGUAAAUCGUCUCCAAGACAUUCUGAAAUCAAACAUGGUAGUUGGAGUAUCAGGAAACUAGGUUCUCCUGAAGAGUCUAGCUCAAAUGAGAAGUGAGGGGAUAGAAGGCAGAAUAUAUUCGCAUCCAAUUGGCGACUGGGGUCAUGCAGCUGGAGCUCUAAUAGGUAAGUUGACAGGUUUGAAAUGGUCUGAAAUGUAGACUGAUUUCACAUGCAGGCAUGUUCAAUCUCCAAGACUCGGUUGCAACACUUGGUGAUCUCCCGAUUUUGAAAAGUAUGUAUUACAGCGUCGAGCUUUACGCAGAGCAUUUCGUCCCUGAGAGGAACUUGGCUAUCCCAUUCUCUCUGGAAGAGGACGUUUACUGGGAUAAAGAUACGGGGGCAUUUGAGUGGGUUGUGGGAAGACAGGAGAAGUUUCACUUGAUUGAUAUACAGAAGAAAAGCACUAUUCGUGUACCAGAAUUGUAAAAGUAUCUUCGCAUGUCUUACACCCCUUCUUC